AUGAAGUGGAUUAAGUGGGCUGCUAUUAGAAAGCUUAAUUUAAAGUAUAAAGUGGAUCUUGUAUGCCUACAGGAAACAAAGAAGGAGAAUUUCACCAAGCUCAUUUGCCAAAACAUAUGGGGAGAUUCUAAUGUCUCUUGGGACAGUGUUCCAUCAGUACACACAGUUGGAGGCUUACUUUGCAUGUGGAACAAUUCAGAUUUCGAGGUGGACAGGAGGGUGAAAGGCAGAAAUUUUUUAAUGCUUGUAGGGACAUGGAUUAAGGACAAUUUGAAGCUGUUCAUUGUCAAUGUAUAUGCUCCAUGUGAUCUUGUUGGGAAGAGAGAUUUGUGGGAAGAACUGAGGCAGUUAAAAGCUUCUAAUCCUGAGGGUUUAUGGUGCUUCCUUGUGGAUUUCAAUAGCAUUAGAAGCCAGGAUGAAAGAACAGGCUCAUCUCAAAGGAGUGUGGGCACAUAUGAUAGUUCUGGUUUCAAUGAUUGGAUAUUAGACAUGGAAAUUCAGGAAAUUAAAAGCUUUGGUAGCAUAUUUACUUGGUGUAGGCCAAAUGGAUCUGUGAGGAGUAGGCUCGAUAGAUGCUUGGUUUCAGAAAAGUGGCUACUUAAAUGGCCUGAUUCUUCACAACAAGUACUCCACAGGGAUUAUUCUGAUCACUGUCCAAUUAUUUUGAAAACAGAUCUAGUGGAUUGGGGCCCUAAGCCAUUUAGGGUGAUGGACUGUUGGCUUAAAAAUAAAGAGUAUCAAAGACUGGUUAAAGAAGUGUGGUGUGGUGACCAGCAACUUGGAUGGGGGAGUAUUGAUAGAACUCUGUCGGAGGAUGAAGUUAAGUCUAUGAAGUCCAUUCAGCAGGAACUGUGGCAGGUCUCAUUUGCAUAUGAAUCACUCUUGAGGCAGAAAUCAAGGAUUAAAUGGCUCAAGGAAGGUGACAGUAAUACAGCCUUCUUCCACAAAACUAUAAAUUUCAGAAGACACUAUAAUACAAUUCAAGGCAUCUUCAUUGAUGAUGUAUGGGUUCAGCAACCUAAAUUGAUUAAGGAUGAAGCUGUUAAAUUUUUUGCUAGUAGAUUCACUGAGGAAAAGCUAACCAGACCUACCUUGGAUGGGGUUCAAUUCAAAAUGAUCACUCACACUCAAAGCGAGGAGAUGAUUGCCCCUUUUACAGAUCAUGAACUUAAGGAAGCUGUGUGGAGUUGUGGAGGGGAUAAAUGUCCUGGGCCGGAUUGA